AUUAAACAUUUAACUUUUGAUUUGAUCAAGCCACACUGAAGCAGUGAUGAUAUUUCCCAGACCGGGAUGUUGUGCAGCCAGCCAGUAACGUCCGCCCACGAUAAAGUUCCUAAGCAGCGGCGUUUCUGUAGUUUGCCAUUUCCUCUCUCAGCUCUUAUUCUCACACAGUAAUCUUCAUUUUGGUUUUGUUCUUCUUUAGUUGUACUCGCUGUUAGCUUCCACCAAAUUACACUUUUUUCCUUAUAUUACUUACCCAUUCAAGAUGGAGGGCAAUCGCGAUGAAGCCGAGCGGGCACUCAACAUUGCACAAAGGAAAUGGCAGGGCGGCGACGUGGCCGGAGCACUCCGACUGGCACGCAAGUCACAUUCACUUUUCCCAUCAGAAACAAGCAAAAGCCUCAUAAGCCAAUACUCUAAUACCAACAGCAGCAACGGCAACGGCAACGGCAACGGCAAUGCGGCAGCAGCAUCAGCAGCAGGAGUGGCGUCCAAUGAUGUCAGGGCUGAAACUCUGCGUCAGCGCAAACCAGCUGCUUCCAAAGAAGAGGAGCCCAGUGCCGGCCGGGCAUACACACAGGAGCAAGUGUUGGCAGUGAAAAAAGUGAUGGCUGCCAAAAGCGACUAUUACCGGGUACUAGGGUUGGCCGAGAGGUCAGCGACCGAAAUUGAGAUUAAGAAGGCUUAUAGGAAAUCAGCUCUGAUCUUUCAUCCCGACAAGAACACUGCGCCGGGCGCCGAUGAGGCCUUCAAGCUGGUUGCACACGCCUUUAAUAUCCUGAGUGACAAUAAUAAGCGCACCCAUUAUGAUCGGUUUGGCGAUGGUGCUGGCGUUGGUGCCAGCGAUAAUGCCAACUCAAUGGGUGGCGGGAGUGGUAUGCAGCAGGGUGGGCGGCAGUAUUACCGUCGCUCGGAUGAUGAGAUUUCACCCGAAGAUCUGUUCAACAUGUUUUUCGGCGGCGGCGAUCUGGGCCAGUUUGGCGUGCAAUUCGGUCCCAACGUGCGAUUCGCCCAGCGGACCAACCCCAGACACAGGCACCACCAGCACCAGCAGCAGCAGCAGCAAGCUAAUGACGAUGACAACGGGUUCAUGCGUGCGUGCAGGCAGCUCCUACCGAUCCUUCUUCUGGUGCUCCUUUUCUUCUCCUCGUCAAUCAUCCCUGCAUUAUUCGGUAUAGUUUCGCCGCCAAACUUUGCGUUUGAGCAGACGCACCAACUCUCGAAACAGCGCCAGACCAACAGUCACAAUGUGGUGUAUUGGGUGAAUCCACGCGAGUUUGCAGCGUACGAGAAGCAGUCGCAGCGGGAUCUUUGGGGGUUCGAGAGGGAUGUCGAGGCUGAGUAUAUUUCUCUGUUGCAGCGGAAGUGCCGAGCUGAAAGAGAAAACAAGAGGAAUCAGGUUUACUUGGCCCAGGGAUGGUUCGGUAUGGGCGCCAAUCCGGAGCGACUCAAGGCCGCUGAGGCUAUUCAGUUACCUGCUUGUGAUGAGUUGAGGAAGUUUAAAUAGAAGGCGCUAUUUGACUUGUUAGCUUUUUUUUUACACUUUUACACUUUUAUUAAUGUAUGAAUUUUAUUUUUAUUUUUA